CCGCUGUGUUUGCAUGAUCCGCAUUAGUUUUUAAAGUCCAGUGCUCGAGCUCGCUCUGCAACAACCAUCCGGAGCAGAAGACCACUUAAACGCACGACCUAACCGGAAAAGCCAUGGCGAGCAGUGGACAAAAAGUAGUUCUGAUCACCGGUUGCUCCUCCGGCAUCGGGUUACGAAUCGCCGUCCUGCUGGCCAAAGAUGAAAAGAAGCGUUACCAUGUCAUUGCCACCAUGCGUGACCUGAAGAAGAAGGAUAAGCUGGUGGAGACAGCAGGUGAUGCGUAUGGGAAGACCCUCAUGCUGCUGCCUCUGGACGUGUGCAGUGAUGAGUCAGUCAAGCAGUGCAUCAACAGUGUCAAGGACCGCCAUAUUGAUAUCCUCAUCAACAAUGCAGGUGUGGGCUUGUUGGGACCAGUGGAAAGCAUCAGUAUCGAGGACAUGAAGAGGGUGUUUGAGACCAACUUCUUUGGCGUGGUGAGGAUGAUUAAAGAGGUCAUGCCUGACAUGAAGAAGAGGCGGGCGGGACACAUCGUGGUCAUGAGCAGUGUUAUGGGUCUACAGGGUGUAGUGUUCAACGAUGUCUACACUGCCUCCAAGUUCGCCAUGGAGGGCUUCUGUGAGAGUAUGGCUGUCCAACUGCUCAAGUUCAAUGUCCAUUUGUCUAUGAUUGAGCCAGGGCCGGUGCACACUGAGUUUGAGACAAAGAUGAUGGAGGACGUGGCCAAGAUGGAGUACCCAGGAGCUGAUGCAGACACAGUGCGCUACUUUAAAGAUGUUUACCUGCCCUCCUCCAAGGAUAUCUUUGAGGCCAUGGGUCAGACCCCAGAGGACAUCGCCAAGUGUACUAAGAAGGUGAUCGAGUCAAGGAACCCUCGCUUCAGGAACCUGACCAACAGCCUGUACACACCCAUCGUGGCCAUGAAGUAUGCCGACGAGACAGGCGGCCUGUCGGUCAACACCUUCUACAACCUGCUGUUCAACUUCGGCCCCCUCAUGCACAUCACCAUGAGCAUCCUUAAGUGCCUGACCUGCAGCUGCCUGCGCCGACGCACCAUCUCACCUAACUGAGAGAGACUGGGUCUCGGUCUGAAAUGGAACCCUAUUCCCUAUAAUGUGCAUUACCAGGGUGAAAAGUAGUGCAUUAUAUAGGGAUAGGGUGCCAUUUUGGACAUACCCUGUGAGAAAUAUACAGUGGUGUAGCUCAAUUAUUGACACCCAAACCUGGACCACCUGGGGGAAGGAGGGGCAUGUAGUUCUCGGGGAGAGAGGCCGUGAGAGAACCAGGAUAAGCUUUGGCCAGGCAACACGCACAAUUGCACAAACACAGACAGUACAGUGUGACCUCAUACAUGGGGCUAGAAGUUUUUUCUGGUCAGAUCAUGUGAUCGGGAAAAACUCCUGGCCCUCCUCAUACAUACACAUGAUUACACACAAACAACUUACCCACAAACACAGCCAGGCAUCUCCUCCGUUCCGGUCUUUUGACGUGCUGCUGGGGCAAUGACACUGUCUGUCCAUCUGUCCGUCUGUCCAUUUGUCCGUCUGUCUGUCCGUCUGUCUGUCUGUCCAUCUGUCCGCCCGUCCGUCCGUCUGUCUGUGGACUGAAAAACAAAGCACACAUAACCAGUUACAAAGAAUAACAAAAAACAACAGCAUUACAAUCACAGUGAAAGCGUAACGUAGCACCCAAUGAACUGAAGACUCAGGCCUUGCUAAACUCUUAGUACAAUGCAGUAUUUAGCUCUGAGUUACAAAGAAUCUACUAGAUUCCUUCAUUGUACAUUUGAUUUGAUGUAUGUCUUAAUAGUAGUAUUGUUGUUUUGCUGUUUAAUCAUAUUUCUGCAUCUUUUUAUAAGCUGAAUGUGUGGUUUUUAAAAGUGUAUGAAUGGAUAGAUUGUUAAUAUCUUAUUUUUGAAAGUAAUUAAUUGAUUUAGAAAUAAACUUCUUGGUUUACUCUGAAA